AUGUUUAUGGAAGCUGCCAUUGUUGCUCAAUCUGCAGCUUCUCGAAAAGACAAAGAAAUUGAAGCUUUGCGUAUAGAACUUGAAGAAAUGAAGGUGAAACUUUCUGCAUAUGUACCACCACCAUGUGUAUCUCCAGCUAAUGUUCAAAAGGACAAUGAUAGGUUGGAAAUCUUAAAAAAGAUUCAGCAAAAUCAUCAGGCCUUGUUAAACGAUGUUAAUAAAGUUCCUAUUUUCAAAGUUCCACAAUCCACACCGCUAUUUUCUCCUCCUAAUCCUGUCAUAGAGAAUUUCUCUUUUCCUUCAACUUCCAUUCAAGGUCAGGAAAUGGCUACGCUGCUCACUAUCCUGAAUCGGAAUAAUGUUCAAGAGCUUCCGACAUUUUCUGGCGAAAAUAGGCGUGAAUGGCCUCAUUUUGAAGAGGUGUUCAAGUCUACGACUAUUGAAGGAAAAUUCAGCGACAAAGAAAACGUUUCUCGACUGCGAAAGGCCUUAAAAGGAGAAGCGUACCAAUUGGUAUGUGAUCGUUUAAAGUAUUCAUCGGACGCCGACGCAAUUAUGAAUUCCCUUCGUGCCAUUUUUGGACGAUGUGAUGUCCUGGUUCACGAUCUAACCACGGAUUUAUUGAAUCUUCCCAAGUUAGCUUCGAAGAGUGAUCCGAAAAUUCGUCUGUGGGCAGUGAAGGUGAAUGGUUACGUCGCGGAUGUCAGGUCCAUGAAUAGAGAAGAAGACCUCACCAAUGGGUACGUGAUGACCAAUUUAGCCUGUAAGCUAGGUGCAGGUUUAUACCAAGAGUGGCAAAAGAAGAAAGCUGGUUUCUUCAAUGCGAAUUUCGUUCAAUUUGCCGAAUUUUUAAAUGAAAAGGUUAUCGAUUUGCCACCUGAUUUAAUGAAGCCAAUAACUAGUGCAAAUUUUGAAACCAAGAAAAACCAAGGUUCAGCGAAAUCUUCAAAACAAGUUUUAACUCAUCAAGCACAAUCUUCAGUUUCUGCCGUUCAAAUCUUGUGUAAGAAAUGUACAAAAAAACAACAUCCACUCCACGAAUGUGUCAGUUUUAAGGACUCAUCAGAAUCGGAGAGACUCGCCUUUGUUAAAGAGAAUUUUAUUUGUUUUACUUGUUUGGAUUCUACAAAGCACAAUUGGAAGGUUUGCGCCAAGAAGAGAACUUGUGGUUUAAAUGGUUGCUCUGAUCGUCAUCACCCUUUAUUGCAUCAAUCCAAAGAAAUCAAUUCUCUCAAUACAUCUGCUGCGGCGUUUUGUCCACAGCCACACAUUCAUUCAUCUCAUGCUCGCUCGAAUACUUCAGUACUGUUCAAGAUUGCACCAAUUCGACUUCAUGGUAGAGACAACCGUUUUGUGGAUACCUUCGCUUUUCUCGAUGAUGGUUCAUCCUUAACGAUGCUUGAAAAGGAUCUCUUUGAUGAUUUGCAUCUUGACGGUGUUUCAGAAGACCUAACUCUCCAAUGGACGAAAGGUGUAACACGUAAGGAAAAAUCUUUGAGAACAAGCUUAGAAGUAUCUGAUGUCAAAAAUCCGAAACGCCAUAUUUUGAAGAAUGUGUUCACUGUCAAAGAUUUAGACUUGCCAUGCCAAUCGAUAGAUGUUAAUUAUCUUAAAAGCAAGUAUCCUCAUCUACGUGGACUUCCUUUGGGGGAUUUAGUUGAUGCCAAGCCUAAGAUUUUGAUUGGCCUCGAUCAAGCAAAGUUCCUUUUGGGUCAACGUCAACGUCACGGAAACGACCAAGAACCCUGUGCGCUGAAAACGCGGCUCGGAUGGAUCGUUUUUGGCAGUGGUUAUGUCUCGCAUCCACACGUUUCUUGUGUUCACAAUGUUCCUCGACCAAAAAUGAAAUUCUAUUUUCACGAUGCAAUCAAACCUGAAGAGAGCUUACACGAUCUAGUGAAACAGCAUUUUUCAACGGAAGAGUUCGGAGUGAAGCCACCAAAGGGAGAUUUUGUGAGUCGUGAAGAAAAAAGAGCUAUAGACAUAAUGGAAUCUUCCAUCAAGCUAGUGGAUGGUCAGUAUGAAAUCGGCCUCUUAUGGAACUCUGACAAUGUAAAAUUACCAGAUAGUUAUCCGAUGGCUUUCAGAAGACUUGUCAGUUUCGAAAAGUCCUUGAAAAGGAAACCACACUUACUAGAAUGGCAAAACAAUCACAUGCGAACAUUGUUAGAAAAGGGUUACGCCAGAAUCGCUUCGGAGCAAGAGUUAUCAAUAAAGUGGCCUCGAGUUUGGUACACGCCCACUUUUAUUGUAGAAAAUCCCAAUAAACUCCCAAUAAAACCAAGAUGUGUAUGUGACGUGGCUGCUAAGGUUGAUGGGGUUUCACUCAACACUUUUCUCCUAAAAGGACCUGACAACCUUGUGCCUCUCCAUGCUGGUCUAUUUAAAUUCCGUGAGCGUAAAGUUGCUGUUAAUGCUGAUGUCAAAGAAAUGUUCCACCAAAUUAAGAUUAAAAAGGAAGACCAGCAAUGUCAAAGAAUACUUUGGAGAGAUGGUGACAUUUCAAGAAAGCCAUUGGUUUACAUAAUGCAAGUUAUGAUGUUCGGCCCUCGAUGUUCACCCACAUGUGCACAGUUCGUCAAAAACCAUCAUGCUAACCUUUUUAAAGAAGAAUGUCCGGAAGCUGUGGAUGGUUUGACAAAAAGAACAUAUGUUGAUGAUUAUUUUGACAGCCACAACACAGUUGAAGAAGCAGUCUCAGUGACCAGAGAUGCCAUACGAAUUUGCAAAUCCAUGCAUUUUGAUCUAGUUUCUAUACAAUCUAAUAGCUUUGAACUUCUCUCUCAGAUGCCAGAAACUCAAGUCAAAACUAAAUUAGUCAGCAUCGAUCCAAACGAAUGCGAGGGUUAUAUCGCAAAGGUCUUAGGAAUGUUUUGGCAACCUUCUUCCGAUUGUUUUCUUUACAGACUUGCCGAAGAUGACGAUUUAAAGGAGAUGGUCUUAUCAUCCAAUGCCAUCACAAAAAGGCGUAUUCUUCGUGCGAUUAUGCGAGUGUUCGAUCCGUUGGGCCUUAUUUCAAUCUACAUCAUUAGAGGUAGAAUCAUUCUUCAAGAGGUUUGGCGAGAGGGUUUUGACUGGGACGAGCCAAUCUCAUCCGAAUUGCAAACCAAAUGGUUAUUUUUAUCAAUGAGCUGA